GCAAAGAAGCUAGCUAGAACAGAAGCACACAAACAGCCAUGACUAGAACCGAGGAAGAUGCUCAUCCGGCAGUGAUCUCCCACCCCGCACAUCCGCAGCACAAGCUUCAGCGGGCGGUGGUGGACGCCAAGUUCAAGUGCGACGGCUGCAUGCAGCUCGGCAAGGGUCGUAGCUAUCGGUGUGAGCCAUGCGACUACGACAUCCACACACGCUGCGCGCCUACCGAGUCGAGCCUGAAACACCAUCUGCUAAAAAACUGCAAGCUCGACUUCCGCCUCAAGCCGCCCGGCCCCGGCUGCUGGUGCGACGCCUGCGGCGAUGAAUGUCUCGGCUUCUUGUACAGCAACCGCGACCGCAACGUCGACCUCCACCCCCGCUGCGCUUUCCUCCCACAGCAGGUCGUCAUAGACGGCGUCCCGUUCGAGCUCCACACGAAGAAGGAAUCGGCCCUUACUUGUUUCCGGUGCCAGCAGAAAGGCGCCCGCCGCAACACUUACUGGUCCUAUCGUUCCCGCGACAGCGGGGAACAUAGGUACGUGCACGUGGGGUGCCUGAUAGACGGCACCCGCGGCAAGGAGGAGAGCGUACCAACACCAACAGAACUGGUGAACAAUCCUGGCAAGGGCGCAUGGUACAAGAGUAUUUGGAAGUUCACCAAGAUCGUUGCAAAACUGAGCUUCUAUCUCAUCACAUUCGAUGCGAUGGGUAUUUUUACCAUGGCUGGAGACGUCGUUGACUGUUUCAUGUGAAUUAAACGACGUAAAGAGUGAGUGUUAUGUCUGUACUCUGCUGCUGUCCCCUGAACUUGUCCAAGUCUUAUUGGUUCUGUCCUAGUGCUAUUAGGUUUUUGCCCCGUAGUAGAUACUCGGAUGCCGGGUAUCUGUCAGCGGGUUUCCUACUAGCGCGAGGGCACAAAUUUGUUGUCUUGUUGA